GUCGUUUAAUUAGGCGUGUGAAUUUCUCUCCACGCAACGCAAGUUUUCCAUUUCCGUUUAAACCCUAGCAGAGGGUUUAAGCUCGCGCCACGCAGCGAACUAUAGCAAACAACACUAACCUUCUUCAUGAUCCAUUCGGAAGCCGCAUUCUAAGCCAUGGCCGCUUCAAGGUUAACCUCAUGCGUCGCCGUAACAUCCGCCGCGGUGCUUUCCAUGUCCACCUUCUCCGAUCGCGCCUCCGCCGACUCUUCCUUUCGAUUCCCUUUCUUCAGUUCUUCACCUUCCAAUGCGCCGCCGCCGCCGCCGCCGAGCCAGGCCUCCGACGGCAAGUCCGAGCCUCCGCCGCCCGACGAACCUAACAAGUCGGGUUUCGACCCGGAAUCGUUGGAAAGAGGAGCCAAAGCUCUCCGCCAAAUCAAUAGUUCUCCCUACGCCAAACAGGUGUUUGAUUUAAUGCGGAAACAAGAGGAAACUCGCCUUGCUGAAAUAGAUGCUGAGAAAGUUCAUUACGAACUUAUUCAGUCUCAAGGAGAUAUUGAAAGGCAGCGGAAAAUGGCUGAAGAACAACGCAACCUAAUACAGGAGCAAGCGCAGAGACAGGCCCAGGUGAUGCGAUAUGAAGAUGAAUUGGCAAGGAAAAGAAUGCAGACAGAUCAUGAAGCCCAAAGGCGACAUAAUGUUGAAUUGGUCAAGAUGCAAGAGCAGUCUUCUGUAAGAAAGGAGCAGGCAAGACAGGCUACUGAAGAACAGAUUCAAUCUCAGCAGCGUCAAACUGAGAGAGAGAGAGCUGAAAUAGAAAGAGAAACUAUUAGAGUUAAGGCAAUGGCAGAGGCUGAAGGCCGAGCCCAUGAAGCAAAAUUGACUGAGGAUCAUAACAGGAGAAUGCUUAUAGAACGAAUGCAAGGUGAAAGGGAUAAAUGGCUUGCUGCAAUUAAUACAACUUUUAGUCAUAUUGAAGGUGGUGUAAGGGCCUUGUUGACAGAUAGGGAUAAAUUGCUUAUGACUGUUGGAGGAGCUACUGCACUAGCUGCAGGGGUAUACACGACUAGAGAAGGUGCUAAAGUCACUUGGGGCUAUAUUAAUCGGAUUUUGGGGCAGCCAUCACUGAUCCGGGAAUCAUCCAUGGCAAAAUUUCCAGGGUCAAAGAUUAUUUCUCAAGCCAAAAAUAAAGUUCUAAAUAAUAGUAGUUUGGCUGGGGCAGAAAAGCCUAUUGGGAGUAGAAAUGGUCUUGGAAAUGUAAUCCUACAUCCAUCAUUGAAGAGAAGAAUAGAGCAUCUUGCACGUGCAACAUCAAAUACCAAAUCCCAUCAGGCACCAUUUCGUAACAUGCUCUUUUAUGGGCCUCCUGGCACCGGUAAAACGAUGGUUGCAAGGGAAAUAGCUAGAAGAUCGGGUUUGGAUUAUGCCAUGAUGACCGGAGGAGAUGUUGCACCUCUGGGCGCACAGGCUGUUACCAAAAUUCAUGAGAUAUUUGAUUGGGCCAAGAAAUCUAGAAAAGGCCUACUACUUUUUAUAGACGAGGCAGAUGCUUUCCUUUGCGAGCGUAACAGCUCACACAUGAGUGAAGCUCAACGAAGUGCUCUAAAUGCAUUGCUCUUCAGAACCGGUGAUCAGUCUAGAGACAUAGUACUUGUCCUUGCGACAAACAGACCAGGUGAUCUCGAUAGUGCAGUUAUUGAUCGUAUUGAUGAAGUGAUUGAAUUCCCGCUUCCAGGAGAAGAGGAACGUCUAAAGUUAUUGAAGCUCUAUUUAAACAAGUACCUUCGCGAUGACAACGAUGGCUCCAAAGGGGGCUUCUUGCUGAAGAAGCAGCCCCAGAGAAUUACCAUAAAAGAUUUACCCGAAGAUGUUUUCAGAGAGGCUGCCAGGAAAACAGAGGGAUUUUCUGGCCGAGAGAUCGCCAAACUCAUGGCUAGCGUCCAAGCUGCUGUCUAUGGGCGUCCAGACUGCAUCUUGGAUUCCCAGUUGUUUAAAGAAAUUGUAGAUUACAAGGUGGUGGAACAUCAUCAACGAUUAAAACUCGCAGCUGAAGGUGGCCAGCCUGGCCAAGUAUAAUUUGUUUGAGCAUUUAUUUGAAUCUCCAUUGAAGCUUGCUAUGCGAGUUUUUUGGUUCUUCGUAUUAUUUUUGUCAGUAUUUAUGGCAGAUGAAGCAGAUUCGUUAAAAAUACUUCACCUAGAUGGAUUUUGUGAGCCAAAUUUACAGGAUACUUCGGCUUUAUUAAUUAUUAGGAAUAUAGGAGGCUCUAAUGACUUGGAAACAGCAUUCAAGCAGUACCAUUCCAAUUCAUGCUAUGGAACAAGAUGCCAGGUCUUUUUGAGAGCAUGGGAGUCAAAUUUCCUUGAUUAAUAAACUUAUAGAAUAUGCUCAACGAUGUAACUUAAAUUUGCAUUUUUUAUGAAUUUGUUUGUUAUGAUUUCAAAUAAAGGGUAUGCUAAUUUUAAAACUCGAA